UAUACAAUUAAUAACAUAUUAAACCACACUUCUUGCAUGAAAACUAUAAUGUCUCCAAGCCAACCUUUGCCUCCGAAGGAAAAUACUUUAUUUAAACGUAUUUUGAAAUGCUAUGAGCAUAAGCAAUAUAAAAAUGGGUUGAAGUUUGCAAAGCAAAUUUUGACAAAUCCUAAGUUUUGUGAUCAUGGAGAAACUUUAGCCAUGAAAGGCCUUACACUCAACUGCUUGGGUCGAAAAGAAGAAGCUUACGAGUAUGUUAGGAAAGGACUAAGAAAUGAUUUAAAGAGUCAUGUGUGCUGGCAUGUUUUUGGAUUGUUACAAAGAUCUGACAGAAAGUAUGAUGAAGCAAUAAAAUGUUACCGGAAUGCAUUAAAAUGGGACAAGGACAACAUUCAAAUUUUAAGAGAUUUGUCUCUUCUCCAAAUUCAAAUGAGAGAUUUAGAAGGUUACAGGGAUACUCGGUAUCAGUUGUUCAAUUUAAGACCAACUCAAAGAGCAUCAUGGAUAGGAUUUGCAAUGGCAUAUCAUCUGCUCAAAGAUUAUGAUAUGGCCCUCAAAAUUUUAGAAGAAUUUCGAAAAACACAAACAAAAAGAGGUUAUGAUUAUGAACAUAGUGAACUACUUUUAUAUCAAAAUAUGGUGAUGCGAGAAGCUGGUAAUUUAGAAGAAGCAUUAGGUCAUUUGAACAAAUAUGAAGAACAAAUUUGUGACAAAUUGAGUGUAAUGGAAGCAAGAGCACAAUUACAUUUAGAAUUACAACAGUUAAAAGAUGCUGAAGAAUUAUUUAUUGAAUUAUUAAAUAGAAAUCCAGAAAAUCAUAUGUACUAUAAAGGAUUAGAAGAUGCAAGGCAAGCAGUUUCUGUUGACGACAAAAUGGCCAUUUACAACGAGUUCCAAGAAAAAUUUCCUAGAUCCCAAACACCACAAAGGAGGCCUUUAGAUUUCACAUCUGGUGAACUAUUCAAAAAACUAGUGGGAAACUACAUACAAAAGGCAAUACAUAAAGGUGUGCCACCUUUGUUUGUGGAUUUGCGACCACUGUAUAAGGAUCCAGAAAAAGCUCAAACAAUUGGCGAACUAGUUUUAAGUUAUGUAGAUUGCUUGACAAGGCAUGAUGUUUUUACAGAGGAUGGAAAGAAUUCGAAGGAAAAAGAACCUGCUACUGCACUUUUAUGGGCCUACUAUUUUUUAGCACAACAUUUUGACUAUAUAGGUUGUACAAGUAAAGCUUUAGAGUAUAUAAACACAGCUAUAGAACAUACACCUACACUAAUUGAAUUAUUUUUAGCUAAAGCCAGACUUUAUAAGCAUUCUGGUGAUAUUCAAGAAGCUGUGCAUUGUUUAGAUGAAGCUCAAGCUCUUGAUACUGCAGAUAGAUAUAUUAAUUCCAAAUGUGCCAAAUACAUGUUGAGAGCAAACAUGAUUACUGAAGCUGAAGAAAUGUGCUCAAAAUUUACGAGAGAAGGUGUUUCAUCAAUGGAAAAUUUAAAUGAAAUGCAAUGUAUGUGGUUUCAAACAGAAUGUGCAUUGUCUUAUCAAAGGCUUGGAAAAUGGGGUGAUGCUUUGAAAAAGUGCCAUGAAAUUGACAGGCAUUUUUCUGAAAUUAUUGAAGAUCAAUUUGAUUUUCACACAUACUGUAUGAGGAAAAUGACACUCAGGGCUUAUGUUGGUCUUUUGAGGCUAGAAAAUGUUCUUCAAUCCCAUCCUUUUUAUUUCAAAGCGGCCAAAGUUGCAAUAGAGGUAUAUUUGAGGUUAUAUGAUAAGCCUCUGACAGAAAAUGAAAUAUCAGAAGAAAUAACUACAGCUAACAUGGCUCCUGCAGAAUUAAAGAAAUAUCGCAAUAAGCAGCGUAAGGCUCGAAAACGUGCUGAACAAGAAAAGGAAAACCAAAAGGCUGCUCAAGAAAAGAGAGAGCAGCAUAUAAAAUCUCGUCAGCAACAGGAUGGUGAAGCUGAUGGUGUAAAGGAAGAGGAACUUGUUGCAGAAAAAUUAGCAAAAGUAGAAGAUCCCCUAAGUCAAGCAAUUCGUUUUUUGAGGCCUCUGCAGUCAUUAGCAUCUAAAAGGAUAGAAACCCAUUUGUUGGCUUUUGAAAUUUAUAUUAGAAAAAAUAGAUUAUUAUUAAUGCUUCAGUCUAUUAAAAGAGCUUGGUUGAUUGAACCUUUACAUCCCAAACUACAUUCAAAUAUAGUUCGUUUUUAUAAUAUUGUAUCAAGUAGCAAAGAAAUCCCUGCACCUGUGCAAACCGUCCUUAAACAAGAAAUGGAUAAAAUAUAUAGCAAUAAAAAUGCUCAUGAUCUAAAUGAAGAAUUCUUAGCUAAAUUUUCUAAUUCCUUGCCUCAUGUUUUACAAGGUGCUCGUAUGAAAUAUUUCCUUGAGAAGUCAUCAGAAGUGUUAAGCUAUUUCACAAAUUUCAAUCAGAUGAAAGGAGUUACUAUACAGAAUUGUAUAGAAUCUUUGGAAGCAAUGAGAAAUGGCGAUCUAGGCUCCUGUGAUAAAGAAAUGGCCUCUUUCCUAGCCAAGUGUAGAGAACUUUUUCCUUAUGCAAUCGUGUUUAGGCAACCUCAUGAAAAUAAUGUCAGUUUGACGCCUAACUCGGUUGCCAACCACGUGGACGGUGUAUCCAAAGAAGAAUAAUUCUCAACUAGUGCUUGUAAUCCACUUCCACUUGUGUGCUUUCCUAAACUUCGAUCCCUCGC